AUGAUUACACGGGGCAAGGAUGGUAUCUUUAAACCAAAAUCUCUUUUAUCUUCUAAGUAUACCACGAUUACUGAUGCUUUCUUUGAGCCUUGUUAUUCGCAGGAAAAGAAAGAUCCUAAAUGGCGUAAGUCCAUGGACGAUCAAUACAAUUAUCUUCUCCAAAAUGGCACUUGGUCUUAUGUUAAACGAACUCCAGACAUGAAUGUGGUAGGAUGCAAAUGGGUGUUUCGUGUCAAACGUCUUGCUGAUGGCACUAUUGAGCGGCGUAAAUCUCGUCUAGUGGCUCAAGGUUUUCAUCAACGUGAAGGGAAGGAAUAUGGAGAAACUUUUAGUCCAGUCAUAAAGCCUUGCACGAUUCGGGUUAUUCUUACUUUGGCUCUUAUAUCUGCCUGA